AGCCCACAAAAUCCCUCCCCUGACUUCUUCAUAUAAAUUUUUCUUCGUCUUCUGCCGCAACUGCUUCGUCGCCGCCGCGCCUCCACGCUAGGGUUUCUGCCUCAAACAUGAAGACCAUUCUCUCCUCCGACUCCAUGGAGAUCCCCGACGGGGUGAAGAUCAAGAUCAAAGCCAAGCUCAUCGAGGUCGAGGGCCCCAGGGGUAAGCUCUCUCGCAAUUUCAAGCACCUCAACCUCGAUUUUCAGCUUAUCACCGACGAAGCCACCGGUAAGAAGAAACUCAAGGUCGACGCCUGGUUCGGCAGCCGCAAGACCACCGCAGCUAUUCGCACCGCUCUCAGCCACGUCACCAAUCUCAUCAAUGGCGUCACCAAGGGUUAUCGUUACAAGAUGCGUUUCGUCUACGCUCACUUCCCCAUCAACGCGUCCAUCACCAACACCGGCACCGCCAUUGAGAUCCGCAACUUCCUUGGCGAGAAGAGGGUGAGGAAGGUAGAUAUGCUUGACGGGGUUAACAUUGUGCGAUCGGAGAAGGUAAAAGAUGAGUUGAUUUUGGAAGGAAAUGAUAUCGAGCUUGUUUCUCGCUCUGCUGCCUUGAUAAACCAGAAAUGCCAUGUGAAGAACAAGGACAUUAGAAAGUUUCUCGACGGUAUAUAUGUUAGCGAGAAAGGAGCCAUUGCUGAGGAGGAGUGAGGAGUUUGUUCGGUAGUCGUAAGGUAAUAUUUUGCUCGUUGUUUCUGGACCGAGUUAUUUUCCGUUUGCUUGUUAUGUUAGGGGAUGGAUAUUUAUAUAGUUCUGCAUUUUCAUAACUGGGCUAAUGGCGAAAGUUUUGAUUGUUUUGUUUGUUGUCCUGUCCCUCUCUCUCUAUAUGACUAUUCUUGUUUUAAAGAAAUGUUUGGGACACUACUUUUUUGCA